CAACGCUGUUAAGAACAAAUGAUUGCUGUUUAUUAUUAUUUAAUAUUGUUGUGUUAGAAAAAUCAGGUGAACUAAAGGUGAUUUGAUUGUCGUGCCGGCCCUCUAAGGAUUCCAAAAAUUCCCGUGCGAAUAAGUUACGCAAGGAGUCGUUCAGUUUCACAACAACGUUUGUUCUCAUUGUCCCGAAAAACAGGAAACUGCACAAAACCUGUGUAGGGUGGUGUUCCAUGGAUAGCACACUCAGGUGAAAAAUUCAGAUGUCAGAAUGCCUUUUAAACUGAGAUUGAAGAAAAGCAAGCAGUACAAUGUUGUGACCAAAACAGUUUUUGUUAUUUGUGUAGAACUUCUUGAUAAUAGUAUUGUGGAAUGCACUCUUUCAGCAGAUAGUCUUGGCUAUGAUUGCCUCGAUAAUGUUUGUCAACGUCUGGGGCUCAACCAGCCUGAAUUUUUUGGAUUACGCUAUGUCAGUCAAAAGUCAUACCCAAGAGUACGUUGGGUUGAACUUGAUCGUCCACUCAAGAAACAACUGGAUAAGCAUGCCCAAGAGGCCUAUCUGUAUUUGAGAAUCAUGUACUAUGUAAAUGAUGUCAGCCUUUUGGAGGAUGAAAUGACUCGGUACCACUAUUUCCUGCAGCUGAAAUCAGAUGUCAUGGAAGGACGGUUGAGAUGUAGCUAUAAUGAGGCUGUUGUUCUUGCUGGUUACAGACUUCAAGCCGAAUUUGGGGAUCAUGAUCCUGAGCGUCAUACUUUACAAUACUUGAAAGAAUUCGUCCUUGUUCCCAAACAUCUUGUGACUAACGAAAGUCAGUUGGAUGCUGUAACCGAAGCGGUAGCUGCGCAACAUUCUAAACUACUUGGAUUUCCUCAACCUGUAGCCGAAUGCUGGUACAUUGUGGAAGCCCAACAUCUUGACGGUUACGGCCAGGAACGAUUUUUAGCAAAGGAAGAACCAGCAGGCGAGGCACUGGUUGCUACGUCGUUGCAAGGAAUUUUGGUGAUGCGUAACAAUACGGAGCGAGUUGUUUUUUACAGGUGGGACGAUAUAACAAACCUGCUGAAUCAAAAGAGAAUGUUUGGUAUCGAAUGCCAACGUAGCGAAGAAAAUGUUAACUUUUAUUUCGAUGAUCCUGAAGCAGCCCGUUAUGUCUGGAAAUUAGCUGUUCUUCAACAUACCUUCUACAAACAAACGUUGUUAACUCUCCAGUCCCUGCAAUCCCAAGCGACCGAAGACAAAGAUAUAGACAUGGGGAUAGCUGGUUUAAACUUGGAAUCAAACAGUGCCACUGUCAACAGCAAUCUGGUCCCAUCCACUUCAAUGUUUGAAUCUGCAGAGCCCAGGAGUUCCAGUGCAAUGGCCGAAUAUCGCAUUGAUAGCUUAGGAAGCGUUCGAGCCCUACCACACUCAAUUUCAUCACCUACUUUAACAGUUUUAAAUCCUGCUCAAGCACAAACGCAUUUGUUAGCUGGCACUGCGGGCAGUGGUGGAGGAUUCGCAUCAGGUGCUGGAUCACUUGCUGCCUCUCAACAAAAUUUACGCGCUUUAUUGCCGGCUUACCGUCCUGCACCUGAUUAUGAAACUGCCGUUCGAGUCAAGUACGGCGACGAUAUCGCGCAAUUGCUUCUCAAUCCGACUCCUCCAGUCCAGCAACCAGUACAACAACCAGCAGCUGUAGCUGUUCAGCCAUCCGCUCCUGCACCUUUUCAGACACAGCAACAACAGAGUGCCCAACAGCAGAUGCAGAUGAUGAAAAUGUACAAACCCCCUCCGCCUUACCCUUAUAGCAAAGUUGGCAGUAAUAGUAGCCCAGACUUGGCAGUGGCCGUUAUUAAUGGAGUGGCACCGGUCAAUUCAGGAUCGAUGAGCCAUUUACCAGUUACUCAAGCCCAGACAGAAGUUUCUGCCACAUUGCGAAACGGCGAGCCCAUCUAUCAAAAUAUUCCCUUACGCCAGCCCGGAAGCCAGCCGAAUCUCUCUCCGUCCACAUCCGCACAAACUGCUUCCCAACCCAGGAGAAAAUGGGGUUUGCCUGUCCGUAGCUCUGCUCGUUCUGCUGUCAUCAAUCGCGUCCAGACCGAUUCGCCUUCGUCAUCCCCAGCCGCCAAGCGAAGUACCAAUGAUUCAACGUCCAGUUCUGCUUCCCACUCUCAUCACUUGGUUUCACCCGCCAGAGCUGCCCCUGCUGAUGCAACUCUUGUCAAGGAUCAUUUGCGCCAAGAAAUGGAAUCCCGAUUGGCUGAUGGCCAACUUCUCCUGGAAUUUGAACUGAUUCCCAGACGAAAAGCCGGUGCGGAUUUUAGCAUGGCUGCUCACCCGGAUAACGCAUCUCGUAACCAGUAUGGACAGUUUUCAGUAAAUUAUUGCGUUGUAUUAGUAAUUAAACCAUUGGUUGUUUCUUUUAGGUAUCAAGACGUUUUGCCCUACGAGGAGAAUAGGGUUAAAUUGACUCCCAGCCGAGAAAACCGAACAGGCUACAUCAAUGCAUCACACAUCUCCGCUGCUGUUGGUUCGGCUCAACGCUUCUACAUUGCGGCUCAAGGUCCACUGCCAUCCACCGUAACUGACUUUUGGCAGAUGGUAUGGCAAAGUGACGUCUACGUUGUCGUUAUGCUAGCCGACACGACGUCAAGCAGCAAUAACGGUGGACAGCAAACCCCAACUCACAACACAAAGUCGGUCAGCUCUUUGCGAAGCCACGUCAGCAAUAGCAGCAUGAAUGGUUACAGCGGUUUUAUUUAUUGGCCGCAACAAGAUGCUGCCACAUUAGAAUUUGGCGAAUACAAAAUCACGCGGCAGGUUGGCAAACUAUCCGGCCGUCAAUCCAUCACAAAGUUAGAUGUAACUCACCUGCCAACAGCUCAACAACGCAGCAUUUGGCAUCUUCAAUACUCUGACUGGGCUGAUCACGGUUGCCCCAAAGAUGUGACCUCUUUCCUUAGUUUUUUGGAGGAGAUGGACACAGUGCGAAGACAUUCCGUGUCUGAUGUUCCACUGGGUAAGAACCGAAACACGCCAGUGUUGGUUCAUUGCGGAGCGGGUGUUGGUCGAACAGGUGUCACCAUCGCUUGCGACGUUUUACUUACAUCACUCGAUCACAAUGUUGUCGUCGACGUCCCGAAACUUAUUAAUCACCUGCGCCAGCAAAGGAUGCUUAUGGUGCAGACCGUUGCCCAGUAUCGUUCAAUAUAUGCCCUACUACUUGCUUACCUUGGCCGCUCUCGACUCAUUUGAUCUUGCAAUGAUAUAUUUAAAACACACACACACACACGAUGCAUUCGGCCUUUGAUUCAAUUGUUGAAAGAUGAACAAGCCAAUCAACAUGUUCCUCCAUUUUUGUGAUACUUAGGCAAUUCAUAUGAUCACCAACCAUUAUUUGCUUGCUUUUUUUCAUAACAUACCACUAUUAAUGAAUUGUGGGAAAGCUAUUAUACAAUUUGUAAAGAGUGUUUCAAUCACAUGCGUUUCUUCAAUUUCUAUUGCAUUUCUACUAACUCCACGAUGUGCAGCAAUUUUAUAGAUUAUUAACUCACGCCUAGUCCCUAUGACGUGCCUUUUUUUAUUGAUAGAGAAUUAAAUAAUAAACGAUAUUUUUAAACAACACCUGAUCUUCAUUCAUUUAAUAAAUAAUAAAAAUUAUCGAAUUAAUAUAAUUGAAAUUCCCUAGAUGCUCUACAAUUUGGCGACGUGGAACUCAAUAUACCUAUCCUCCCGCCUCCCCCCUUAAGCCAGGCACGAGUAAGCCCUGAAGGGAUGUUUCAUUACCUCUAACCGCCACCAGGAGGACUAAACAGAGACUUCGACUACUAUCUCUACUCAGAUCCCUUUCGACUCUCGCGCAAAAUAGAUAGACAUUGUUCCCGAACAUUGACACACUUGUUAAUUAUUUUCCAAUUUAGUCAACAUCUUCGUAAGGUUUAGUAAGCGACGUUUGUAUGUGCACAGAAGACUGAAGCCAUAGUUCCUGCUUCUUUGGUUUCACGUUAUUUUCGUUUGCAGAAAUCGUUCGCCUUCGUUGGAGAAACUUAAGUUCAAGUGAUCGUUGUUGAAGAAGGAAUUCGGCAUUUUGCUCGAAAGUUUUGUUAAGUAAGAAGAAAAA